CACAUCGACAUCUUUGGUUCUACUUAGCGGGUGCAAUAAUGGAAACCAAACUGUAGAGAAUAAAACAUGAGUCGUGUUUGUUGUGGAUGAAGAUGGGCACCAAACGCGAACUGGGCACAGACCCAGCAGUUGUGCGCGCUUCCCUGGUGCGACGGGAGUUUGUGGUGUACUUCUAGAGCAGAUUAGCUUACUCGCCAACGUGGCGCGAUAAAAAUGCCGUAUCAACGCGACCCACCAUCGCGGGACGAGCCUCAUGAAGCAAGCAUCGCGGGAGAAGUUGUCAUGAAGCUGCGUGUCGGUACUGGACCUGCUUGUUCCAGCAGUUCUCGUGCCACGACAGUGGCUUCAAGAAGAACCAAAAAAUGCCGCCGGAGGGGGCCGCCUGUGCUGUUCGGCGUACUUUCGCUCUGCGCCUGCAACGGCGCCAAACAAGCCUAUGCUGGUGCGCGGUCCGAUUUGAUGCGGCGGGUGCACCGAACGGGGGCUUUCGGAGACGAGGAGGACGACGACAUCCUACCGGAGGUAGGCGAUCGAACCGGGGGGAUUGAGGAUGAAAACAGUAGCCCGAGCGGCUCCGCUACCGCUUCCAGUUCUUCUUCAGCGGCGGCCGGCGCGCAAGAAGGAACAGAGCCAGGAGACGAAGCGGACGAAGCACAAGGGUCGACGAGGGAAGCUACCUCAAAAGCAGGAGGUCGUGUAGAAGAGGAAGAGCCGCCGCCUGUUGAUUCCGGUGGCGGUGCGGGAGGAGCUGCCUCGGAAGACGACGGCACCGCUUCAACUACCACUGCUGAAGAAGAUACUUCCGCCGGCGCACCUCCAGUUGCAGAAGAUGUUGAGGGUAUCGAGGCGGAGAAGCAGGAGCAGCUUCGUUUAACAGAUGCAGCAGAGCAGUCUCGUGAUAUCGAGAAGUCCGAAGACUCUUCUCUUCCAUUGCCCGAUGUGCCGUCGCCCGCAGGAGAUUAUACCAGCAGCGCAGAUAGUGAUAGUGGAAGUGGAAGAGAUUUGACAGAGGAUGACGUUGUGGUAGAUGAUGGCGGAGGACCUAGUAGUGGUGCAGCAACAUCCGCUGACGAUGAGGAUGAUGAAGAGCGGCGUGCGGGCGAAGAUGCUCCAAGUCCUGGGCCACCAUCGUCCUCCUCUUUUACCGAGCGUGUUGCCGCGGAGGCGCAGAUGCUCAGCCAUCGGGCACAGGAAGCGCGUAGACAGAUGGAAACUUCCGCAGCAAAAGUCGCAACACUGCGACAGCAGGAGCUCGCUUUGCAUCGAAAACGACAGCAGCUGGAAGCGUCAAUCUCCGACACGGAGGCCGGAAUGCGGCGGGUACUGUCGUCUCUAGGUGCGGCGGCGGCCGAGGGGGACGCUACCCUUGGGGGCAGCACCACUUCUACGGUUCGUGGCACUGAAGCAGCUCGCGCAAGCUGGCCCGCCUCCGGACAUCGCGUUUCCGCUAGCGAGCGCCGGGGGCACCAGCGUGAUGGGCGCUACAUCGAUCAAACGGAACAGCUGCAACGCUUCCCCAGUGGAGCCACUGUUCCCUCGGACAAUGAGCUGAUGGAUGACGAUAUUGUCGUUUCGGAGGCCGAUCGCGAAUGGGAGGGGAGGAGCGGCAGCCGAACUAGGGACAGAAGAGAGGUCGCCGAUGAAACGGGUGUGGGCGUGCUCGUCCCAGAGCGCCGAGACGUUGGUGCCACACGAACGCACAAGAAGCUGGAAACGGCUGCACACGCACAGACUGCGUCAGCCAAUAGCACAGCGGCGUCGUUCAUCCAAAUACGAGAGAAGCACAAGGAGCAGACAGAUCAUAGGAGUCGCGCAGAACAAGAGAAAGCAGGUAUUUGUGGUACUGUAGCUGUUGCUAGUCCUCACCUUGAGGCGAUGUGGAGAAUUAUCAUGGUCCUUUUUUCCUCGUUAUCGUUCUUUCGUUCUUUUUCAUUAGAGCUUUCCUUCCAAACGCGGAAACAAAAAACUGAAAACAGAAGCGGCACUUGGUAGCACAGGGGCGAUCACUGCGUCCAUCAGAGCUCUAACCGCGAAGGGGCAGGGUCUACAGGAAGCUGUUGCAGAGCUGCGAAAACACCAGGAAGCUAUCAUUGAAGACCUCAGUGCUCUUCUACAGCAAACAAAAAUCCCGACAACGUUGGCACCAUCAAGCCAGCAAGUUCUUCUAGAGGCAAAAAAUAGACAGGAGCCCACCUUGCAAAACCGAACGACUGGAGGAGCUGACAGCCAAGCAGCUGAGAAAGCAACCACAUCAGACGCAGAUCACCUGCAGAAGGAGAUCGCGGUAGUCGAGCGCACUAAUCAGCAAGUGAAGCAGAAAAUCCUCGCUGGGCUGCACAACAGUGUCUUCCGGACGCACGGCUUCGCUCCUCCCGAAUCUUCUGGCAGAAGCCCAUCAUUUGAAAUUGAUCAAAUGCACGAGCACGAUCUUCUUCCCAGUACUAGCGUUGCGGCGACCAUCCUGAGUGCGUGGGAUCGGACACAGGAGCUCGGGGAGACAUUGCGUCUGUUGCGAAGCGGAGUCACGGACGCCAUAGGCGUGACGCGGAGAGCAAUAGACGAGCAAGACACGCAAGUGGUGAAAAUGGCAGCAAAGCUGGACGCCCUACGUAAGCUGACGCUGUUGGAAAACAAGCCCGCUGAUGUUGGCGUGGCGCAAAUCCAGGAAAGCGCAGCGGAGACGAGUGUUGGACCGCUUGAGGCGCACAUGCGAUCUCUUGGUACAUCACCAGAGCUACAACGACUGAAGCACGAUCGCAACCUGGUAGAAAAACAAAUUGCGAGCGUGAAGGAGAAGCAGCGCAAGGUACUCGAGGGCAUCAGCUCGCUUUUGGCAUCGGCUGCGGCAAGGAAAGAAGGUCUGCAAUUACACGAAGUACAACAAGCAGCUGGAGAGCAAGGGCAGGGAACGAGCUCAUUCGCACAGGACAUUAGUAUGGUGUCAAAGCUGCUUGAAGACAAAAGCGCAGAGGAAAAACUCGCACCACUGCGACGAAAAAUUGCAGAAGAAACAAAAUCCGUUUUUUCAAACAGCGGCAGCAGCACUGCGUCACUUGUUUCGCAAGAAAGUAGCACGCCGUCGACCUCCGCAGUCGCAGCUGCUCCUGAUACUGGCAACGAUGGGAAAAGUGCAAAAGGCGUAGAGGACACCCUGACCAGGGCGUUCGCUCAAGCGGCCGCUUUGCAGAAAAAGAUAGAAUCGGCGCGCACUGGCGGCAAGGAAGGUAGUCUGCUGGAUCAUAUUGGUCCAAUGUCGAGCGAGGCUAGGAAUCGUCAGAGUCUAUUGGCGACUCUCGACGCCAUAAUCGGGGUGCUGGAAAGCGAAGCGAAAGAGCUAAAAACCGAAUCAAAAGAAGAAACUUCCCCGGCUUUUUUUCAAAGACAAGAGGUAAAAAACGGCAGAGCAGCGGACAGCAUAAAGGACAAUCCGAACGUGUACGACGUAUCAAUCAACGCGCAGCGGUACACACUGAAGACCGGCGAGAAUCACAUCCUUGGCAAGGUGCCAAAGUUCUGCAUAGACGAUGCCGGCACCGGAACGAGCGCCUGCCACAAGCCCUUCGAAGAUGCGCUCGAAACGAUGAUGCGGAGCUCUUUGACGGUAAAGGCGGCGUCCGCUAUUAGCGGACAGAACAUCACUGCGACGGCAGAAGCCGCCGGCGACCAUCACUGGAUUCAUAUCACGGGCUUGCACGUCCAGCAGAGAGAAGAAGCUACACCUAGUGGAGAGUCCUCGGGCAGCUUGACUGUUCCACCGAACGCCACCAACCCCUCCGUGCCUGUGGAUGUGAAAUUUUACGUGGAGGUGAAGCACAUAACCGACGAGGCUCCCUUUGUGGAGGUCCUCGCUUCCGAGGCCUUCCGUGAGGAGGUAAUCCGGGAGAUGGGCGCCUCGCUUCCCGAAGUGUACUCUGCGGAGACCUGUACCAUGAACCUGGCCGACCACACGACGAGCGCGACGAACAGCGCAACAACAGCUUUAGCGUUCCUGCAGGUCUUGAUGCAAAAGCAAGAUAGAAAAGCAGAGUCACACAGCACGACGACCAGGGGAACUACAAGGGACGUGGUCGACAACCAGCCGCGAGGCCUGGAUCGCGCAUCUGCCUUGCCGAUCAUUCACAGCCGUCCGAGCGUUUCUGCCACGGUGGCAACAUCAUCGGUAGCUGCAGCCUCGGAAGAUGACACCACGAGUUUCUCGACGCGGUUGGCCGGCGACGGUCCUCGCAAGAGCGAACAACGAGGACUUCUGCUGCAAGACAGCAAAACAAACCAGCUGGCAGCGACGUCAGCGUCUUCCUCCGCGGGAAGCCUUGGUACGACUACUUCCUCGAAGGUGCCGGAAGUGCCCCAGGCGUACUCGUUCUUGAAGGUGGAGUACCCCGAGGGGCACCAGGGCAAGCACGGUGUCCAGGACGCGAUGCAGUCGGUCGCUUCAAAUGUGGUGUGUCAAGCGGGACUGCUGUGCGUCGUGGAGCACGUGGAGUGCUUCUCCUCCGAUGAAUGGUUCAACGUCCGCAAAGACUUCCACAACGCAUUCGAGGAGCACAUGACCACGCAGGGAGCGCUGAUGUCCGCGACGGGAUCCUUGGCUAGUCACGGCGUUCUACCGCGUUCCCUGGCCUUUCAGGACACAAGCACCGAGGCCACGAGGUUGCAGACCCUGGAGGCCCAGGUCAUCGCCUUCGCAGCGCUCAUCCACGCGAUGACCGACCAGUGGGCCUCGAUGGACUGGCAGUCCAAGCCCGACGAAAAGCUGGCCGAGUUGAAACGAUGCCGGGACGAGCUCCACCUGAACAUUUUGUCCGAAGAAGCGCUCUUAACAAUGAUGGGGGUACUUUUUCGUUAUUACAUUUUUGUUUGAUCGAGUGACAACUUUGAAGACGCGCAGAGUACUUAUUCCUACGCAGCAUUGAGCAACCCAAUAGCUACUUGCGCACGUCGUCCGCGCCGCAAAAAGAAGCACACACACGACGGAUUUAUUGCAUCAUCUUCGAAAAUAAAUACAAACAGGAAAAAGUCGUGGAGAUGUCUUUGGAGAGAGCUGAAACCGAGGCCAUAGAGGAUCUGACGAACCUGGGCGUGACGAUGCUGAACAGCGCGAAGUUGCGGGAAUUUGGGCUGUACUGCUACUAUCCGCACAUCCAUGAUUUGAUCAAUGAUGCCGUGGGCACCGUGGCAAACGUGAACGCCGUGGUGCAGCAACUCAAGAAGGUGUACGGUUGCCGGCUAAUGCAAUAUGUUAGCAGUGCCGGCAUCCCCCCGGAAGGAAUCCCACCCGCAAAGCCAUCAGCUCACACGCUCUCGUACGACAGCGAAACUGGAACGACCUCCUCGGUGGGUUCCAGUGCCCCGUCGUCAUUUGCGGAGGAAACAGAUCUUCGCUUGGAAGAUUUGAACGGUUCGUCGGAUGUCGGGACUACGCCAGAACGCCAAGAAAUAGAAUCGCAGGACGAGAAGGCCGUCAGAGCACCGCAGGAUUCGGUGCUCGGAAAGCUUCUAGUAUAAAAAUUAUGUGAAGUACUAGUACAACCACGAAAUAGAUCUAGAUCGUACUGGCUUUCGUGUUGAAUGGCAUUCAGUUUUUUAGAGUCUAUGGAAAGGAAGAUACAACAGCACGUGGUCAAUGAAUAUACAAGUAGUUUGAGUAUUAUGAAUGUAAAUGUAUGCAAUUGUAGCUUUUGAAAAACGAAAUAAAAGCAGCCAUAAAAAUCAUGACUUCAUCAGGCACAGAUGGGCGGGUCGAUGGCUGGAAUUCUUACCGCAAGCAGUGAAUUGGAACAGAGGCAGCUGUCGUCCAGUAGCACAACCCGGGCUCCGCCGCCGUCCCUUUUGUCACUUUUCCGUCAGCGAAGCGCCGCGGCCGCCACUGGCAUGCGAUCGUUGCUACAAGCAGGGAAACAGCAACUACUGGACGCAAGUGAUGUUCGCAGUUGGAGUAGUACCCUGAAAAACAAGCUCAACACCGACACACCACCACCGAGCAGCCACAACAUAACGAACGGAAAAAAGGCCUCGAGUACGCGGCAAGGCAGCGACACCCAGGGUCUGGUAAUGGAGGUGUUCGUGACGCAAAUCAAGGUGACGCCACCGGUGAACAGCCUGACGAUCCCGGAAAAUUUCGUGACGAAACGGCUGAACAUGAACCCCGAGGACGUGAAAACUUGGUGCGGCUUGCAGUGCCGGUACAUUGGUGCUUGGGGUGAGACCCCCCAGGAGUUUUACAAGGAGCCGCUGACCCUCGACGAGAUGGAUAUCCACUGGAGUUCGCGGACCACGCGGCUGAGCGACGGCUCCACCACGACGCUGGACUUCUACGGCAAUCCGUUUCGGCCGUCGAGACACAAGAUCGACCUGGAGCAGGACACCAGCAAGCUCUUCUGGCACACCUGGAUGUGGGAGGUGUUCGUGGCCACGGUGGGCAUCCUCGCGUGGCUCAUCCUCACCGCGCUGCGGCGCAGCUACCGCGGUCCGGACUUCGUGGCGCACGAGCAGGGGGAGGUUUUCCACCACGGCCACCCGGGGUACAUUUUCGAGGAGGACCCGGACAAGCGGCUGUACGGCUCGGGGUUUUACCGCGUUGUGGACAACCACGUGCACUCGUGGCGCGACGAUUCGCACCCGAACAAACUGUUCGGCCCCACGCGCAACCGCCGGAUCGUGGAGGGCGCCUGCUUCACUAUCUACGAGCCCAUCGGCAUGUUCGCCUGCGACAAGCGCAAAUUCCCCAAGUUCCCCUGUCUCUUCCUCUGCCCGGCCUGCACGGUCACCAACUACGAGGGGUGUACGAUGCUGGCCGUAGUGCUUUGGUGCGUGCAGUGCUCCUCCUUCAGCAACAUGUGGGAGCUGAUGUGCCUUCUGGGCUGGUUCCCGCUCUGGUUCGGCAUCGGGAUGCCUUUCUGGAUGAACAUCCUGCUGGGUGCCAUCGUGUCCGCUAUGUACCGCCCGCGGCUGUUCCCCUAUCGCGGCGUUGUUCCGCACCCGCUCCUGGGCACGGCGGUCACGCUCGUGCACAAAGACUCACUCGCAUCAGAUGCGGCAAAGGAGAAGGAAAAAAAGAAUAAGCAGGAGGAGGGGGAGAAGUAGUUGUAGGGGAACGUGCGAUAGUACCGCCGACCGGCACGACGGGGGAACUAUUGUUCGAAAGUGAAAUAAAUAGUGUUGUGCUGUGGCUGGUGGGAGCACAUAACGACGACAGAACUUUUUACUUUCUGAUGAGUUUGAGUUGACGAGACCGCGACUCUGAGAGAUCGCACUGGCUGUGAGCUUUGUUAAUAAAGAACGAUCGUGGCUGUCUUUCACACGUUUUCAAAACAAUUGGCAUUCAAUUUGACUUUCAACACGAACUUUACUUACUCUGAUUUUCGAUUCUAGCAAGCGAUGAUAUCAAAUACUUUCGGGAACACGUCGAAGAAAAGUAGGAGCUACUACUGCAUGUGCAUCUGACGCUGAGGGCUAAGUCGAAUGGAAUCUUGACAACUAAGUAUCCUCGCACGCUUUAGUUUCACGAAAAAGAAGUGUUAGGGUGAGCUCAGUAUCAGAUACGGGUGGCAUGUGUUAGGAAUAGGAUCGAUGCCGUGUAAACGAACCAUGCUCAAAAGCAAAACAAAAAUUGAUGAUUAGUCGGCAUUUUUUUCGGGUUGUUAGUUGCAAUUUUUUUUAUCGCGAGAACACAGGAGGAAAACUUCGAAGAAGAUCAGAAGAAAUUUUGGUUACUAGGUAGUUCGUGCCCUGACCCUGAAGACGGACAUCUGGAACACCUGGAAAAGGAAUGCGUAGUAACCCCGGCGAUGCUGAAGUGUUGCUAAAAAAUGUCGCCAGGUUUGUUUGCCACCUGUUGCAAGAACAGCUGAUGUUCUGGCAGCGAGCUAGUGCACUAAAAAAUUGCAUGGAGCCGUGAACUGGUGACCAAUCAUUUGAUGUACCAUACAAGAUGACCAACAAGGAACAGGAAGAUCAAGAUUACCGAUUUAAAAGCAGUUCCGACGAAAAGGAAAAUGCGGAGAUCAUCAAAAAUGAAUAAUGCAC